ACACGUAGGGGAGCGGGGGCGCACGCGGGAGUGCUUCUUCUCCCACCCCCUCCCGUCGCAGCUGCGUGCUGACAUCACCCUCCUCCUCCUCGCCUUCCUCCUGCUGCACAAGAUAAUCGGCUUCGGGCUGCCUGGACCCCGGAAGUGGCGGCCGGGCUGAGCCUGGAGGGAGCGCGUGGAGAACAGCAGCAGCAGCAGCCGGUCUCCGCCUGGGCGGGGAGGAGGCGUCCGGGAGUGGCGCGCGCUCGCACUCGGUCGCCGGCUGGAGGGGAGAGGCCGGGCGAGGGUAGCCGGGCGAGCCGUGCCUCUCGGGGCGUUCUGCCGGCGGGGUCGCAGCGUUCGCGGCUGGAAUGGUGCUGGCGCCGGCGUUCGGUGCCUGCGUUCUACGGAGGGAGCAGCCCGAGCGCGGGAGCCGCGAUGGAGAUGCUGCUGCUGCAGCCGUUGGGAUGUACCAAGCUGUGCCAUCAGAAGCCUCUGGAUCUGAAAGAUGAUAGUACUGAAAAGCACUGUCCUGUUACAGUGAACCCCUGGCAUAUGAAGAAAGCUUUCAAAGUUAUGAAUGAAUUAAGAAGUCAAAACUUGCUGUGUGAUGUGACAAUAGUAGCUGAAGAUAUGGAAAUUGCAGCUCAUAGAGUUGUGCUAGCGGCUUGCAGUCCAUACUUCCACGCCAUGUUUACAGGUGAAAUGAGUGAAAGUCAAGCAAAGAGAGUUCGAAUAAAAGAAGUGGAUGGCUGGACCCUGAAGAUGCUCAUUGAAUAUGUUUACACUGCUGAAAUUCAGGUUACAGAAGAAAAUGUGCAGGUACUUCUCCCGGCAGCUAGUUUGUUGCAGUUGCAGGAUGUAAAGAAGAGUUGCUGUGAUUUUCUGGAAACCCAGCUUCAUCCUGUCAACUGUCUAGGCAUUCGUGCUUUUGCUGAUAUGCAUGCAUGCACAGACCUACUGAACAAGGCCAACAUAUAUUCAGAACAGCACUUCACUGAGGUGGUACUCAGUGAGGAAUUUCUGAAUCUCGGCGUAGAACAAGUGUGCAGCUUAAUAUCAAGUGACAAACUCACAAUUGCAUCAGAAGAAAAGGUAUUUGAAGCAGUGAUAGUUUGGGUUAACCAUGACAAAGAUGUGAGACAAGAGCUUAUGGCCCGCCUCAUGGAACAUGUUCGUCUGCCCUUGCUCUCCCGAGAGUAUUUGGUUCAGAGAGUAGAAGAGGAGGCGCUAGUUAAAAACAGCAGUGCAUGUAAGGAUUAUCUUAUCGAAGCAAUGAAGUACCAUUUGUUGCCACUUGAGCAAAGAGCUUUGAUGAAGAGUACACGGACCAGGCUGAGAACACCUGCCAUUCUCCCAAAAGCUCCUUGGAAGCUGAUGAUGGUGGUUGGAGGACAGGCGCCAAAGGCCAUCCGCAGUGUGGAGUGUUAUGACUUUAAAGAAGAACGCUGGCACCAAAUUGCUGAGCUACCUUCAAGAAGGUGCAGAGCAGGAGUGGUCUGUAUGGGCGGUCUGGUCUUUGCUGUUGGUGGUUUCAACGGCUCCCUGAGAGUUCGCACAGUGGAUUCAUAUGAUCCCGUGAAGGACCAGUGGACAAGUGUGGCUAAUAUGCAGGACAGAAGAAGCACUUUGGGAGCUGCUGUAUUAAAUGGGCUUCUGUAUGCUGUGGGAGGUUUUGAUGGGAGUACAGGUUUAUCCUCAGUAGAAGCCUAUAAUACGAAGACUAAUGAAUGGUUUCAUGUGGCUCCAAUGAAUUCGCGAAGAAGUAGCGUUGGUGUAGGUGUAGUUGGAGGUAUGUUGUAUGCAGUUGGUGGCUAUGAUGGUGCAUCACGUCAGUGCCUUAGUACAGUGGAGUGCUAUAACUGUAGUACAAAUGAAUGGACCUACGUUGCAGAAAUGGGCACUAGGCGCAGUGGAGCAGGUGUUGGUGUCUUAAACAACUGUUUGUAUGCAGUAGGGGGUCAUGAUGGCCCUCUGGUUAGAAAAAGUGUGGAAGUAUAUGAUCCCACCAUCAGUUCAUGGAAACAGGUUGCAGAUAUGAAUAUGUGCAGGAGAAAUGCAGGAGUUUGUGCUGUGAAUGGGCUCUUAUAUGUAGUUGGAGGAGAUGAUGGUUCCUGUAACUUGGCAACAGUGGAAUAUUAUAAUCCAACCACAGAUAAGUGGACUGUUGUAUCAUCCUGUAUGAGUACAGGAAGGAGCUAUGCAGGUGUAACUGUUAUUGACAAACCAUUGUGAGUUGGAGAAGGAUUUUACCUUGAUUAUGCACUAUAAGCAAACUUCAGCAAAAGCUAUUGAAGUGAAUAGCAUCAAAGCACUUCUCAAGGUAUAGCUGCACAUUGACCAUGUUGGAAGCUGUGAUCGCCUACCAUUAAGGAUAAAAAUGAAGAUUAUUCUAGGUUGAAGCAAUGUGCAAUAAUGCUUUAUUUGACAUUAAGCCACAUCUGAUUGAGAUGUAGGAAAGAUAUAUGAACCACAGUUCUUAUUUUGUUGGAUCUCUGGGCAAAAUUCCUUUCUUAAGGACCGAUCAUGUCUGUCAUGGUUGAAUCUGGAUUUUAAAUUGGAUCUGGAUUUUUUUAAAGUGGAAAAAUAAAGUGGUUUGUCCUGUGUCUUUUUUUCCAAAGAAAAAGAGAAAUGUCCAUGAACUACAGGUUUUCAGAAGUAGUAUUGAAUACUACAUGCUGGCAUGAGAACUUGAUUGCUUUGGGUUUUUUGUUUUUUUUGUAAAUCCACUUUGGUUAUAUAACUAUUGUAUGCAUAUUAAGUGUGCAAGUAGCUUUCCUUUGUACCUGUUUGAAACAUAAUGUUUCCAUUUAUAAUUGGGACAGUACUUUGAAGUAUGCCAGUACUAUGUUGUAAAACAGAAAUAUAUAUUUUGAUAUUAAACAACGCUUUAACAAUAAUGCCACUUACAGAAAAGAUAACAGUGCUCCUAAACCAAGUGUAAUGCCAAAAUGUUCACCAAUUCCCUUUGUUUACUAAAAUUCUUAUUUGUUAUGAUUUUGAUGUAUUAAGUUUAAUAUUCAGCAUGACCAUAAUUACAGGUUUGUAACAAAUGUAAGGAGCUCUGUUUUACUUGCAUGACAUUUAAAAUGUUCAGUGUAAUUCUAGCUGCUAUUGAGAACUACAAGCUGUAUGUGAACAUAUUUGUAAAACAAUGGCAUUUUGAUUCCUGGAUGCUUUAAAUAGGACCAAAAUUGUUGUCAUUUUGACCUAUUUUCUUUAAUAAAACUUGGCAUAUUUGUUUUUUACA